AUCAACCACCACAACAAUAACACACUUGGACUUGUGCUGAACAGGGAAGGACUUGAGCUGAUAAGACGGUGGAGGAGAACACCAGACAUUACCACAUAGUUCUCUUUAUUUCCUGGUAACUGAGUUGUCCUGAGGAGAGACACAAGAUUCAGAAACAAUGCCGAUAGACACACAAGAAGCACUCAACCUGUUGGCCCAGGUGUGUGAGGAACAGGAGCUCGGCGUAACAGUGAAAGAGAGCGUUAAGGGCGGAGUCAUAGCUGGAGGAGCCACCAUGAUUGGUGGCCUCCUUGGUGGACCAUUUGGAUUGGCUAUUGGAGGAGCCCUCGGGGGGAUAACAGCAGCGUACAUGUCCCAGGGAAAGUUCAAGAGUGUUGCCUCGGUCAUCCUGUACGACCUAACUUCCGCCCAGAAAGAACACCUCGCUAACUCUGUCAGGAAAAUACUCAGCGGCAUCACUCCAACAGACAUGAUAGCUAUAACAACACUUGUCCUGGCGCCCGACAUCAAGAUGCGUCUUGUUCAAGAGGUGACCAACUUCCUUCAGUCUCAACUACAAAUGCAAAUUAUAGAUUGAGUAUUGUAAUGCAUUGUGUAAGAGCUACUGUGGGGGAGUCAGGGUAUUGUUGAGGUCUUAUUUUAAUACUUACCAAUGUUAAUGGUGCUUGUAUACUAUUUGGUACUGUAUGGUACUAUGUGGUACUGUGCAGUACUGUGUGGUACUGUGCAGUACUGUGUGCUCCUGCACAACACGUAGUUACUACUGUGGAAGGACUGUCGCUCUCCUAAACAACAUUGCCAGUUUUGACACCUAUGAAAUGAUUGCCCUUGUCCCCCACCCUACUACACUUGUGACUUCAGGUUUUGUCCUCUCUCUCUCUCUCUCUCUCUCUCUCUCUCUCUCUCUCUCUCUCUCUCCUUUCAGUUUGUAAUGAAAUAUGAACUUUGUUUUGGUUUAAAGUAAAGUUAAGUUGUUCUUUCGUUCAUUAUAAGAAAAAUCAUUUAACAGGCGGGUUUUCAGGAACUUAACCCAUUUGUAUAGCGAGGGAUAUUUGUAUAGCUAUUAUACAACCAAAAAGCAUAUACAGUACAGUAUUAUACAGUACAGGUUGUACCUCUCUAGUCCGGCAACCUCAGGACCUGACCGGUGCCGGACCAUGGAAAUUCACCCUUUUCCUGGACAGAUAGUG